AUGUCUGAAGAGAAGCAACCGGCGAUGACGAAAUGCGAUCGGCUGCAAAGCGCUUUGAUGGAUUGCCACAGGCGGAUUGGGCCGGGUCUGGCUCGCGAGGCGGCGUGCCGGCACUUGAACCGGGGUCUGGCGGAGUGCCUGGUGUCUGUGGCGUGCCCGGAGGAGUGGGAAGCGGUUCGGAGCCUGUGCGGUAGUGGAGGAACGGGUCUGAAGCGGUCGCAGUGCCAAGAGGCUCAGCUCUCGCUCUCAGUCUGCCUCUCCUCUCACCAACACCAGCUCAACAACCCAAAUGCAGAAUAG